AUGUUAGAAUUAGGCGCUUGUGACUCCAACGCUUCCAGACGCUGUACUAGCUCCAGCGCUCGAUUCAGGCCACAUCGAUCUGGAUCCCUAGCCUUACACGUGAGCUUGUUCGAGGUAGGGCCGGGCCGGGCAACGUCGCCCACACCUUCCGACUUCGCAUUGGUUCAGUUAUCUCAUGACCUCUACAACAACCUCGCCACUUACGCCGGCUUCACCCAACUCUCCUCGGGUUCCUGCUCAACUCUCCCCAACGGCGCCACCCUAAUCACAGCCUUCGACAUUCCCGCCACCGACACACAAGCAGUCCUCUGGAAGUUCCCCGCCAAAAAGCAACUCGUCGUCUCCUUCCCUGGCACAGCAUCCGGCCAAGACUGGCUGACAGAUCUCGUCUUCUUCCCAGUACCCUAUAUUUCCGCGAACAUUGACUGUCCACUCUGCUCAGUCCACGUGGGCUUUCUGGCGGCGUGGAACUCCAUCUCGGCUUCGCUGAUGGAGGAGCUAAGAAAAGCCCUCGAGGGGAAUGAGGGGUACACAACUAUCAUUACGGGCCAUUCGCUUGGCGGGGCGAUUGCGCAAUUGGCGUUUGCGAGUUUGAAGGAAGAGGAGUGGAGGGUCGAGGCGGCGUACACGUACGGUCAGCCAAGGGUUGGCAAUUUGCUCUUCUCACACUACAUUGACAGUAUCUCGAAAGCUUCUGAUGCAGACCCUGGGAACUUCUACCGUGUUACUCACGCCAAUGGUAAGUUAUUCACGGUCAAAGAUAGAGAGAAAGGUCCUGACGAUCUUAUAGAUGGUGUUCCAUCGCUUCCUCCCGCGUUGCUAGGCUUCGUCCACUCGCGCACGGAGUACUGGGAGAGUGCUGAAAGUCCUGCUGCUAAUUCGACAUUCCGGUGUGAUGGGAAGGAGAACAUUGGUUGUAAUGCUGGGCAGUUCAGCCUGGGGAUUAAUGGAGCACAUCUUAGCUAUGGUGGGUUUGACUUGCAAUGCGUUCCAACAUGA